AAGGUGUACAUAUAAAUUUAAUAAAGAGUAGUGGUUAAAACACCCAUUUUCAAUCAACUGAACUGGUGCUCUGUCUUUUUCUUUAGCUAAUCUCAUUUUUCUUCUGGUUUACACUAUUUCCUUAUAUUUCAAAGUUUCUUGGGUUCUUCUUCUUCUAUACUUAGAUAGAAAUCCAAGAUUUGAGAGAUCAGAAGAGAAAGAUCUAGUGAAGCUUCAUAAGCUAUGGCGUCAAAGCUUCUUUUAAUUACAGUCUUCAUCUUCGAUCUCAUUGCAUUCGGUUUGGCUGUUGCAGCUGAGCAGAGAAGAAGCACUGCUGUAAUCAAACAGGAUUCUGAAGUAAAUUAUAAUUACUGUGUGUAUGACUCAGACAUUGCAACUGGGUAUGGUGUUGGUGCAUUCUUGUUCCUUAUGGUUAGCCAAGUCAUUAUAAUGGUGGCAAGUCAAUGUUUCUGCUGCGGCAAGCCUUUAAAUCCUGGAGGCUCAAGAGCUUGGGCUGUUAUUCUCUUCAUUACCUGCUGGGUAUUUUUCUUCAUUGCUGAGGUAUGUUUAUUGGCGGGUUCAGUAAGGAAUGCAUAUCACACCAAAUACAGGACAGUUUUCAGUGACAAUCCUCCAGAUUGCCAAACAUUAAGGAAAGGAGUUUUUGGAGCAGGAGCAGCUUUUACUUUAUUUACUGCCAUUGUUUCUGAAUUCUACUAUGUUAGCUAUUCCAAGGCCAGAGAUGGCUUCAAGCCUUAUGGUGGAGAAACUGGUGUAGGCAUGGGAACCUACAAAUAAGCUCAUUUAAAGCGCUAUAGUCAUGUAUAGAAGUGACUUAAUUCUCCACCUCUCUCUGCAUCAAUUUACUCAAUUAUCUUCCUUGAGUUCCAUUUCAUGUACAACGAAGACUUCAAUUUAAUUAGCUUUAUUGUAGUUUGUAUCAUGAGUUUUUUUCUU